UUUAAUAUAUUCGUUUAAAUUACAUUUAUUUAUAACGUCGUGGUGUUAAGACAUGCAAUAAAACACCAAUUAAUUGCUUUGACAGUCUUUGUACAGUUUUUUUCUGCCGUUUUAAAAUGGGCAUGUAUCUGCAAUGAAACAUAUGUUGUUGUAAAAACAGCAGUGAAUAAUAGGACUUAAAUAGAAGGAUUUGUUAUCUGAAGGUCGGCUUGACACGGUGCGAAAUGAGAUCUCUGGAACUUGUGUUUGUUGCUAUGGCAACUAUCGUGCACGUAGCAACAGCUGACCAUCCAGUACAGACGAACCCAGCAACAGAUGUCCAGCCGCAAGGGUGCACCACGUUGAUGUUCGAGGGAAAAGGUGAUUUCCGGGUGCAGCGGAAGAUCUACACCGCGCAGACAGCGGAACAUUACAUCUUCUCUCUGAGACUGCUGAAGAGGACUUCCUUCUAUAAGUGUGAACCGAGUGAUACAAGGUACGGUAUAUCGGAUGACGGUCACUCGUGGUGGGUAGACAGAGGCUGUGAGGCGAUCUUUGAGGUGGUCGAAUGUCCCAACAACGGUGCCCAGCCCCCUCCCGAUCCUCUGACAAAGCUGUACGACCAGCUAAAGAAACGGUUGUCCGAAUCUACCCAGACCCUUGAUCUCUCCAGCUGGAACCCCAACUCGUUCAUGAACAGAUUCGAGUCAAUCUCUCCUAUGGUCAGAGCUCAUGCCUGAUUUGGUGAUUGAGUGGCCACGUGCACUGUGAGAUUUUAGUGAAGAGAACACUUGUGCACCAACUGAUAUUCUGACAAUUCAUGUAGUUUGUUUAAUUUAGAGUGAACCAUAAGUCAUCAUUAGCAACCGAUUUUUAUGUUUUUAAAAGAACAAGUAUGUGCUUAGUUCUUUAGAAAAUAAAUCAAAUUAAAUUAAAUAACUGAACACCUUUA